AUGACUCUCCUGGCAAGUCAUUUAGAGCAAAUAUCUUUAUCCGCGAAAUCAAUAGCAGAAUUAGAAUAUCCUCGCCCCCAAAUCUUUACCAAUGCGCUUCUGAACGAUCACGAGAUCACAACAUUGAUUCGUGACACAGAACCCCAUGAGCGUGCCUUAUUCUCUAUCGAUCCGAACGCUGUCAACGGAAACCGUCAGCAAAAUGCCAUCUGGUCUACAGGCACCGAGAAUGGGCGCAAGAAUGUUUUCCCAACUGCACAUCCGAUGAAACAGUCUGCGAUCACAAGACUACUGGGAAACGAGCUGCUUCAAGAGAUUAGGCAGUCGAGCAGCGAUACUUCUCGACCUCGUGACGGCGUCAGUGUUGAAGUUUUGCUCCGUGGAGCAGAAAAACUUUGUAACGUAUACGAUGUCAUGGGAGCGACCGAGAAGAUUCGAGCGCUUCGGAAUCGCUAUCGAGAAGUCGCGACUUCAAUAUCGAUGCUCGAAGAGAAGGUUGCAAAGCAGCAGAUACUGCAAGAACGCCGAAAUAACGGAUUAGAUCCCGAAGAAGAGGUGGAUGAAAUUGACGUUGGAAAUGAAUUGAAUUGCAACCAAGACAGUGUGACCUUCACGGAGCAAGACUUCCGACUCGAAGAGGAUGAAAUUCGGGAAUUAGAGGCGAGGAAGAAGGCUUUAGAAGACCGCGUAUCAGGCAUGGAAAAAGAUCUGGGCGGGCUUUUGAGAUAA